UGUUUAGUUUUCGAACACACCGUAAAGAAGAACGUCGCGCAAGCCAAUUGAUUGUUCUCAUAUUUUGGCGAGCAAAAGUGUAAUUAUAACAGCUCUUCAAGUGCUCCCAUUCACCCAUUCACAACCCUCCCACAAAACGCCCACAAGAAAAUUGGAACCUACCUACGCCUCCUCCCAAUACCCAACCCCCCCAAUACAGUUUUGUAACAUCCGAAGUGUCGUCGGGUUUCGGUCGUCUGUUUGGUGUCGUUGUGGUCGUGUUACCGCGUUGUUAGCCAGGUCUACGAGUAUUUUUACCUGUUGCUUUACCCUUUUUGUUGUGCGUCGGUCUUCAAGCGCCUAUAUAAACAAGUGCUCUCAACGGAUUUGCGUUUAUUCUGCAUUGUCACACCUAACGCUCAAGAUUCCCCCAGCGGAGCAAGAAAAAAAGAACACUUUGAAUCUGAAUUAUUUCAUGAAUGUUUUGUGGACAUUUCAUAAAUAUUAAUAGACAACAAAAGUUUCACAUUAUUUAGUAAAAAAGUACAUUUACAGUAAAAAAGUACAGUUACAGUGAAAAGUGCUAAAAAGUAUAAAAAGAAGGUCAAAAAUUGAAGAAUUUUUACAAUUCUUUGAAAGAACUUGAAUUACUUGAAAGGAAGUUGCAUUUUUAAGAGUACAUGAUGUCCACAACGUGCGGCUGCUCACUCGUCCAGUGGGGCAUUGUCAUUGUGCUGCUGUCAGUCGCUGCCGGGCCAGGAUAUGCCAUGCCACGUACUGGCCUGCCAACGCAGUUGUUGUUCAGCGAACUGCUUGGAGCGGGUGGUAAUGAGGACAACACCUAUUAUGGCGAGCAAUUGAAGUACCAGCAGCAGCAACAGCAGCAACAGAAACAGCAGCGGCUGCCCUCGUUUGCCAGGAAGUGGCCUUCGCUGAGGGAUCUCCUGCUGACCACUGACUAUGAGGAGCUUGGCGUGCCACAGGAUAGCAAUGAGCGCGAACUGGUCACCAGUUCCCGUCUCCUGGCCCGUCUGCACAAGCUCAGCGAGAAUGGAGGCGGCGAGGAGCUGCGCUACAACCUGGUCAACGAUCUAACUGACAUGCCCACCAAGAAGAUAGUACACAGUCCCUCUCUCAAAGAGCACAACACUAAAAAGAAUGUGCAAUUUCGUAAACAAUACAUGUCGCCGUGCCACUUUAAGAUCUGCAACAUGGGCCGCAAACGCAAUGCCGCCUCCUAUGUACCCUACUGAAGCGAUCUGAAGAACAGAACUCCCCAACAAAAACUUAAAAGUACACCCCAUCUCUCCCCCUAAGCUAACAACGAGAAAAACCAACCAAAAGCAGCCAAAGUAAAAUAAAAGCAGAAAAAUUAACACAAUUUGCAUUGUCACAGAUUUGUGGAACGCGUUCAAAUGAUGCCAAGUAUUGUCUAUUGAUUUAGUUUGAGAAUUAGUAAUUAUGAUUAUAAUGUAUUUUAAACAAAUGUCUCGACACACUCUCACACACACACACACACAUUACACCACACCAAAAAAAAAACUCCCCUUAUCUCUCCCGUCUUAUCUCUCUUUCCCCCAUCCUACAUAUGAACACAUACAAAGUAUUUCCAUAUUAGUUAUAUGAAUAUUAUCUAUGAUUCUUGUUGUAUUCGAAAUACAUAUUAAGCAAAACGUAUAUAUUACAAAAUAUUUAUUAAAAACUACAAAAAAAAAACAAAAC